GGGUCACGACACCUUUACUCGACGAUGUCCGUGCAGCCUUAGUUCUGCAGUCUUGCUCUCAGGUUCCAGUCAAUCCAGAAGCUAUGACUCAGAGGAUCUUACGUUCGUGAUCGCAUGACAUCGAACCGUGGUGACGCGCCUCGCAGAUCCACGCCAUUCGUCGUGUCGUAUUUUUCCUUUCGUCUUUUCUAUACCGGGAACUUCAAUUUCUGUCGACUUUCAACGUCGUCACUUUGGUUGCUUUCUCCUUUUGUGUUUGUCGUGACAGGACCAGUGCCCUUCGUCCACUCCGCACCGAACUUGUUCGCAUCUCCAGACGAGCUCUUCGGUUCUGCUUCCUCAGUCGAGUUAGAGCGAGCAAAGAGCGGUGGAGGCGCUGACAGCUGCAGCUCUCGCGGUCUUACAACCACAGAGCGUGGUCUUGGUGGACUACUGGAUUACGAUCGCAGCGCUGUCGCCCGGUUUGCAGCCCGGCACGAGUACUUGGGUGCAUUGCUCGAGCACCGCGGCGCAAAGCGCGGCGUCGAGCUCGGUGUGCAGCGUGGGAUUUUCAGCGUCGAACUGCUGCAGCGCUGGCGCAGCUUCGAGGAGUAUGUAUUGGUGGAUCUGUGGGGAAAGACGGCCGCAGACGUCGUGUACCUCGACGCCAGUGGCGCGGUAUCGGAGGAUACGCAGGAGCAGUUCCUGGAGGAGGCCGUGCAGAGCCUGAGAAAAAGCGUCCUUGAAAGGAGCGAGCAUGCGGAAGGAGCCGUCAGUUUCGUUCACAACAGCACGACGACCACAGCACAGGAUACUACACACGUGGGGAAACGCAUCCGCGUAUGCCGAAAUCUUACUUCGAGUUGCGUUGCGCACUUUCCCGAUGGCUACUUCGAUUUCGUGUAUGUCGACGCGCGACACGACUACAAGGGCGUCAAGGAAGAUUUGGAGCUCUGGCUUCCCAAACUCCGACCGAACGGCAUUAUCGCGGGGCACGACUUUCUGACGGCUGCGGAGCACCGGUUUCACACGGGGCACAGUGCCGAUCGGUACGAGAUAAAUUUCGACGGUUCAAUUGAUCUCACUGGGCGCGCUGUGCAGGGUGCCGUGAUGGAUUUUUUCGGAACACGGGAUUUUUUACCUCUGCGUACCAUUGACCAAUUUACCGAGCAUCGGUCUUGGCUUGUAGAUUUGCGGCGUCCACCUCGUGAAGAUCAAGAUCUUCGAAAUGAGAAACAGGUCGCCUUGCCGCGAGUUAUUCACGCCUUCUGGGUUGGCGCGUAUCCCGAAGGGUUCUGUGGAACAGAAGAACAAACUCUAUAUGCAGCCACUCAAGAAGAAAACGGGUCUUUGUCUUCCGAACGCUCCCUUCCGCUGCAGCGGAACUUGAGAACCCUGGAGGUACUCCACGCGGAUUGGCCCAUCGUGUUGUGGACUCCGGAGCUACUGCUUGAACAUUGGACAAGGUUGUUCGGAAGUAGGGACGGUGCUGACCAGGAGGUUCGAGGUUUGCAGGAGCACCUGCGGGCACUUGCAAAGCGUCUGCAAGCGGGAGCGCAAACGUUUUGCGCGAGCGGAGGUAGCCGCAAAAGAUCAGAUUUUUUGCUUGAUCAACAUCCUAAACCAAAUGACGCCGACUGGUUUGGAUCCUCUGCGGUCAAGGAGCUACUGCGUUUUUCUGUGCUGUCGGUCUUCGGCGGCAUCUUUCUGGACCUGGAGCAUCUGGUGCUCGCCCGCACGAGCUUUCUAGCGGUUCUGCAGGCGACGGAUUUGCAUUUGCGUCAGCUCCGCCGGCCCCGGUCGUUCGAGGUGUUUGCUCAAUGCGAAGCGCCCGCUGCCUCGCUCUACUGGGGCUUGGAUGAUUACAAACACGGAGCGGGCGUCGUCAUCAACCACCAUUUAGCCGCCGUGCCGUGCCUCCAAGUCUCUACCAAAUUUGUGGCAGCCGUGCCCGGGGCGUCGACUAUCCGGCAGCAAAGGGAUCACCUGCUGCGCCAGGUUCUUGGGGCCGAAGUGAAGGCGGAAAAUCAAUAUGGCCGUCGCGGUACGACCUCUGGGAAAGGGAGGAUCUCGUCCGCGACUGUGUCGUGGACGCAAGUGUUUGUGGCUAACGCGCAACAAGCGAAAAACGCAACCCUAGCUCUCCUACGAGACGGGGUUCCGUUUUGUUUGAAAGACGUCGCAGUGCAGCGCAGCUCUUGCGCUUAGACCGAAUUAGGAUAUGAUAGGUCAU